AUGGUGGUCGAUAUAGUUGAACCGUUAGUUUGUGUAGCCUCUAACGUUUCAGAAAAUUUACCAGACGAACCAGAAAAUUUAGCCGGUGAUGUCGCAGGCCACGAUCACAAGUCGAACAAGGCCACGCAGUUGUCGGAUGUUACAGAUGUUGAAAGUGAAGAGAAGGAGCUUGGUGAUGAGUUACCAGAUCAUGGUAAUUUACAAGAAGACGAGAUACCAAGAGUUGGAAUGCGGUUUGCUCAGUUACAGAUGGCGCAUGACUUUUAUGUGACCUAUGCAAAGAAAGCUGGAUUUGCAACUAAGAUAAGGACGACAACAUUUGACAAGAUCACAAAGGCUUCCAUUAAUCAAGCUAUACACUGUAAUCGCGACGGGAUCCGUGAGUCUCGUGUUAAAGCACCAACGCGAAAGAAUACGAUUUCAGCUGCUGGGUGCAAAGCAAGGAUAUAUGUAAAGUUUGAUAAAGCCGUGCAAGACUGGGUUUUGUACAAGGUUGACAUGACGCACUCACACUCCUGUUCACCGAGAAAGGCAGUGCACUACCAUGAGUAUAGGCAGCUGACCAUGCAUGCGAAGUGCGUGAUCGAGGAUAAUUAUGAGGCUGGGAUUCGUCCAAAUAAGACAUUUCUUGCUUUGUCAAAUGAGGCUGGUGGCCCCUCUAACUUGGGAUUCUCAGAGAAGGAUGUAAGAAACUAUAUAACAGCAAGGCUCCGCAAUAGCAACGUGAAUGCCGAUGUCAGGGAGAUGAUGAGCUACUUCAUGAGAAUGAAGGACAUCAAUCCGAACUUCUUUUACGCGGUGAAGUUGGACGAGGAGUGUAAAUUUAAGAGUGCAGUAUGGGUUGAUGCAAGGUGUAGGGCGUCGUAUGAGUACUAUGGAGACGUCGUGUCAGUUGAUAGCACGUACAGAACAAAUAGGUACAUAGUAGUUAAGUUGGCAUGGAUUCCCUUUGUGUCGUUCGUUGGGGUCAACCACCAUGGUAAGUCGACCCUCCUCGGUUGUGCUUUGUUGGGGAAUAAAGAAAUCGGAAGUUAUGAGUGGGUUUUUAGCCAAUGGGUGAAGUGCAUGGGAACUGCUCCAAAGAGUAUCAUAACCGAUCAACGUCGAUCCCUUUACCGUGCGAUCAAAUAUACUUUACCUGACACACGCCACCGGUGGUGCAUCUGGCAUAUUAUGAAUAAGCUACCUUCCAAGCUUGGGGGUUACCGCCGGUACGAAGCUUUGUACGGUGACCUAAACGAGAUUGUGUGGAACUCUCGGAUGGAGGAGUCAUUUGAAGAUGACUGGACUGAUUUUAUAGAUGAGUACAACUUACAUAACAACACAUGGCUGUCAGAUUUGUAUGAUGACCGACGCAUGUGGGUCCCAAUAUAUUUCAAGGGUGAAUUUUGGGCAUCAAUACGGAGUACGCAAAGGAGUGAGAGCAUGCACGCAUUCUACGGUGGAUACUUAUCCAGUAAAACUAGCUUAGUUCAAUUUGUUCAUGAAUAUGACAAUGUGCUUGGAGUCAAGGAGCAGAGGGAACUGGAGGAUGAUGCUGCAGACUUGAGGGGGGUCAUCCCUUGUGCAACGACCUCGCCUAUGGAGAAACAGUUUCAACUAGAGUAUACCACGAGCAUGUUUAGGGAUGUUCAGAUUGAGUUUGUGAAGAAGGCUAACUGCAGAGUUUCUGCAAUUGAUGAACAGGGUCCAUUGGUCUGCGUGAAGGUGGAAGAGGAGAAACUAGUCAACGAUACUAUUCUAUGCGUUCCGUACGAUGUUCACUUUGACUGUUCCACACAGGAGCUUCGUUGUGAGUGUAAUCUCUUUGAGAGUUCAGGUGUGUUGUGCUGUCGCUGCCUUGAAGUGUUCCAUUCGUAUAAAGUGUACAAAGUACCUUCUUGUUAUGUUCUUCCUCGAUGGAGCAAGAAGAUAAAGCGCAGGCAUACAUAUGUCAAAAGUAGCCAUAAUGUCAGUCGAUCGGAUGAGAGUCAUGUUGCAUUCAUGGGACUGUGUGCACACUUCUACAAUGUUGCCCAAGAGUUUGUAGGUGACGAUGAAGAAACAGCAUUGCUGCAUGUUGCUUUGGAAGAAACAAGGGCCAAAUUGGCUGCGCACCGUGCCAAAAAGAGGUCCGAGAGCGUGGCAGAAACUCAGACCAACAUUGGAUCACAGAGUUCGAACGAUGUCAGUGUUGAUGACAUCCAAGGCCCAUCGAAGGUCACCACAAAGGGCAGGCCAAAGAGCAAGAGGCUCAGCUCUGCCCUUGAGAAGUCCAUCAAGAAUUCAAGACGGAGAAAACAAAAGAAUUUACCCCCGGUGGUUCGUCCGCACACACUUCAAGAUACAAACCAUUGUGCUGUUUCUGGCCUGAAUGGUCCCGAACAAGCAGGUGGUUUCCUGUCUUUGUUAAGCUCCUUUAACAAAAGGUGGGAUUAG